AUGAGUACGCCUUCAACGCCUAUAGCUACGCCGGCAAUAUUGCACAAGAGCGACGCAACCACGUUACCUGACGCCAUACACAACAACCCCAUGGCCAAAAGUCACAGCAGCAAUGAUAAUCUUGGCGACCCUGCCAAAUCAAAUAGAAAUAGUGAUCACUUUCAGAUAAAUCUAGAGAAACCUUCUACUCCAUCACCACCAAAUAGAAAACGUGCGUCCGCGUCGUUUCUCAAGACUCCUGAACAACCAAAAGACGCCAACAAGAGGUAUUCAGCAACACUACCGUACACUCCAUCAUACAAGCGAACAAGUACAGGGUCAUACAAAUCACCCGAUGGAAAGUUGGUUUAUCAAAAUGUCAAUUCACCUUUCAGUGCUGCUCAUUUGUUAAAAACACCCAGACAUUCCGCGAUUGAAGAUUCACCUACAGGCGAGGAUGAAGAUGGACGGAAAGUUAAAAUGAUGAAAACUCCCCAGUACUUGGGUACGGCAAAGAAGUUGUUCCAAGGUGAGGAUGGUAGUCCUAAUGGCAAUAAACGAGAUGAUUUAACCGAGAUUAGUUCACAGUUGAGAAAUAAGUUAAGUUCAGCAUUGGGUAAAUUGCAGAAAGAUGACGCGACCCACAAUUCUAAAAUCACCUUUACUGAAUUAUCAUUUGAUUCGCAAACUUCGCCAACGAGGAAAUACACGCCGAAGAAACAUUCGGCCUUGGGUAAUAACUGGGUGCCAACAAAUACCCUACAGCGAGCCAAUCUCAAUCUACAAACAUUACAGCAAUCUCCUAUUGCCAAGUCUAACCACUCAUCUCCAAAGUUGGAGCAAGGACAUGGAUUCAGAUCAAAUACAACUUCACCUUUGAAGCAUUCGCCUGUUUUGAAAGGUGAUAGCCAGCACAGCAGCCAUUCACGGUUGAACAAUAUGCCUUCUCCUGAUGAAGAGACAAGUGCUCAUUCCGCAUUAUUAGCAGCCCUAUCGCGACAACGAAGGAAAUCCCGAUCGUCAUUUUCAAACCCUGAUGGUAGAAGAAAGUCGAUAACGGUUGAUGGGCCACCGUCAUUGCAAAUAACCACACAGAAGGAGGUUAAGCUACCGCCUCUUAACGUUGCUUUGAAUGGUAAUUACAGCACCCCAAUUAGGGGUUUUAGCGGUAAAAAUAAUGAGCAAGAUGCAGUGAUUUCUUUAAUGUCACUAGCAUCGCCUCAAUCAGUUAAACACGGGCAUUCGCGAAGCCAAAGCAUGAACAGUAAUGGCAACUUUGCAACAAGUGGUGCUGCUUUUGGUGAUAAUAUCGCCUCCCCUGUAUCGUCACGAUCGUCGCUGGUGCAAAUCCCAUCGCCAACUUUUGCCAAUAUGCAACAGCCGCCACACCUACCUCCCUUGACGAGAUUUAUGAAGAGUCCUGAGGCUAAACAAAAGGGUUCUCGAAAGGGGCUUGUGUUUGCUUCUGAUGAGACUGAUGAGGAAGAUGCUGCUGCUGCUGUAGUUGGUGAUGACGAUAAUGAUUCAGAUCGAACGGUUGAAGAGGACAAAUAG